AUCCGGCCCAGUAGGACGUCGAAUACCGAAUUGGAGUUUCCAGGGGAGAAAUUCUUACGUAUGAGUCGAAACUCCGCCUAUUUCCCGCACUAAACCCUUUUCAUCGACGUCCACCGACCCAAAGCGAGCAAGCCGAGUCUAGCCUGAACUUGUCGACUCAGGGCUGCCUCGGGCUAUACUAUACUACGGAGUACUACUGUAUAGUUAGUACCGUCUAUACUUUACCUAUACCAUUCAUACCAUCCAAGUACACAAGCCAGUACUAAUCAACUUGCUCAACAUGCAUAUCCUGGUUGUGAACGACGACGGACCUCCCUCGCGCCGCCUGUCUCCAUACAUCCAGCCGCUGGUCUCCGCCCUCCAAGCCGCGGGCCACCUCGUCUCCGUUGCCAUCCCCGCCGCCUCGCGCUCCUGGAUCGGCAAGGCACAUCUCAUCGAAGCCUCCCUGAAAGCCACCUACGUCCCGCCGCAAGCCUUCCACAACGACGGCACCUGGAACGAGACCUACACCCACACCGGGCCCAAUGACAAUGACACCGAUUCCCCCACCAAUGGCACAACAACUACAACCCGCGCAACCCCCAGCAGCGGCAACCCCAACGACGAAUGGGUGGUCAUCACCAACGGCACGCCGGCCAGCUGCGUGCAACUCGGGCUCUUCAACCUCUUCCCCGACCGGCCCCCGAUUGACCUGGUCAUCUCCGGCCCCAACCACGGCCGCAACGCCUCCACGAUCUACAACCUCUCGUCCGGCACGGUGGGCGGCGCCCUCGAGGCCGCCACCUGCGGCAAGCGCGGCAUCGCCAUCUCCUUCGGCAGCAAGGAGGAGCAGCCCGCGCUCGUCAUCGCGGCCGCCGCCCGCCUGGCCGUGCGCGUCGUCAACCACCUGAUCGCCCACUGGGACGAGCGCGUCGAGCUCUACAACAUCAACGUCCCCAUGCGCGACGACGUCGAGUCCCGGCCCGUGCUGUGGACCCGCACCCUCCCCUACUACUGGGCCAGGGGGUACCUCUACGCCGAGGCGGACAACCCCAACUGCUCGGAACAAGCCAACGGAGUCUCGGAGACGCAGCAACGACCCGCAACGACACUCAAGCAACGCGACUUCAAAUGGGGCGCCCAGCUGUUGGACAUGAAGAAAGCGCUGCAGGCCAGUGAGGAGGGGACGGAUGCCCAUACCGUGCUGAAUGGGUGUACCAGUGUCACCGCCCUUCGCGCGAACUUCUGGCAUGUUCCUGGCUUGGAGGGAACUUUGGAGUUGGAAUGAUGAUGAUGAUGAUGAUGAUGAUGAUGAUGAUGAUAGAUUAAGUUCAAAAGUAUAUAUCACGAUUCGAUCAAUAUGCAUAAUCGGAUAAGGUGGAGGGGGGAACAACAAAACGACAUCCUUUCAUGCAUGGGACGGGAUCGGAUGAUUAUCACGUCCUCUUUUCUUUUGCGACAAUUAGAUAUACCCGCAACGGUUCUUUUGGUUUAUUUACUUCUGGUUCUACGCUGCAUUAUGUUCGACUGGAUCUUGGAAAGGAACUCGAUAUAUAUACGAUGGCUUUGAUUAUCUGUUUGGAGGGGCUUGGGAAGGAAAAAAUGAUUUCUGUCUGAACAUUCAGUCAUGAUAAGAAUUAUGCAGACUUUCUUGGUUAUAUUUCUGCUUCAGUAUGCGGAUAUUGCGCUAAUUAGAUGGACGGAUGAAUUUGGUACGCCGGCUACGGCGCAAUCGCAAGAUGGAUGGUAAUAUCAU